GAACUAAUCGACAAAACGUAAUUUACAAAAAUUGAAUAGUAUUGACGGAAAAAAAUUUUAGUGAAAAUAUUUUCAUAAAAAAAUCACAUUAAUACACAAAAAUAAUUAACAAAACUAUUGUUAAUGUAAAGAGGAAUAUAUAUUUUAACUAAUUAAUAUGAAGUAAAACAUAAUAAGCUUGAAAAAACAGCAAAAAGCAAGAAAAUUCCGAUAACAAUUUCCAGUGUAAUAACUGGUAGAAGAAAAAAGUGCAAGACAAGUACAAGAAAAAAAAAAAAAGAAAAGGAGAUAAGAGCAAAGAGUGCAAAGUGUAGUUAACGAAAUGGAAAUAAAUUUUUAGAAAUUCCAAGAAACCUUUUGUUAUAACUCCUGUUUACUUUUUGGGUUUAUUUAUUUGAUUGUUUCGGUUUGUAUCAUUAAAAAAAAUUUUGUGUUGCAAAUGCAACGUAAUCAAUAUUGACGCUAAAAAAGCUCAACAAAUCAAUUUUCUUUCUAUAUUACUAACAAAGUUAUUGUACACAACGAAUCAAUAACAAUUUAUUGGCGAACAUAGACGUGUUUUAACCUUUUAACACUACCGAUGGCCACCGGCAAUGCAUUAGCAGCGGCAUCCGGAGGACUUGUAGCUGCAUCAGUUGCUUCUUCGGGUGAUUAUAAUAAUACAGGGCCUUCGACCUCUUUAAGCAAUGGCAGCACCUCCUUGGCCGCCUCAACACAUCAAGGCAAUCAAGGUUAUCAUCAAUUGAGUGUAACAAUUGAAGAAGCGUCACUACGUAAUAGUGGUUUUUUAAAACCCAAUCCAUAUGUUGAGUUGCUAAUCGAUAAUAAAAGUAAACGUAAAACUGAUUUUGUUAAAAAUACCUAUUUGCCGAAAUGGAAUGAAGAGUUUACAGUAUUGAUAACGCCCCAUUCAGUUUUACACUUCAAGGUAUUGGAUCAUUCUAGUUUUCGCAAGGAUGCCAUGCUCGGUGAGCGAACAAUUAGUUUGGCUCACAUUUUGCAGCAUUAUAAUGGACGUUGUGAAUUCCUAGAAGUGAGUAUGGAUCUCUUGGUCACCUCUAAAUCGGAUAAUCGUCAAACGAAAAGUGGUGAACUGGUGGCCAUAUUGAAUGGUCUAAAAUUGGAUAUGACCAAUGUGAUGAUACAAAAUGGUAAUGGUUCAUUAAUGCCGAAUGCUGGAGGUGAUGGUGGCGGAAGUGCAGCGACAGCAUCAGGUGCAGCAGCUGCUCCCGGGCGUAGUUGUAUGAUUUAUGGCGGUGUUAGAACACGUGUGCGUAUGCGUUCGACGGGUAGUGUUAGUGAAAGUGGUGGCGUGGGUCCCGGCCGAUCUCCUGUAGCCAUGCAAAAUGGUAAUUUAGAACGUAGCAGUAGUUCGGGUGCAAUGAUACCACAAACUGGUGCUGUACGUAGAGCACCAGCACCUCCUAGUGGUACUUGGGAUCCUCAAACGGCUGCGGCUAUGGCUGCACAGCAACAGCAGCAGCAACAACAACAACAACAGCAGCAGCAAAUGCAAAUGGUACAUAAUCAACGGGUUAAUGGACCCUCGGCAACGACUGCUGCCACAAAUGGACGACCCAUGUCGCAAUUAUAUGCAAAUGGUGCAGUACCUGGGCAACAGACACCAGCUCAAACCAUGAUGGAAGGAGCCGUAGGCGGUAUGUUACCCGUUGGGGCUAAUGAUCAACAGUCCCUCAUGGGCAAUGGUUUGCCGGUAUCAAAUGUAACGGAUCAACAAUUACAGGCUGCACAGGCUGACGAUGAACCACUGCCUGCUGGUUGGGAAAUACGAUUCGAUCAGUAUGGUCGCCGUUACUAUGUUGAUCACAACACUCGUUCGACAUAUUGGGAGAAACCCACACCACUACCACCCGGUUGGGAAAUACGCAAAGAUCCACGAGGAAGAGUGUACUAUGUUGAUCACAAUACACGCACCACCACUUGGCAAAGACCGAACAGUGAACGUCUAAUGCACUUCCAGCACUGGCAGGGACAGCGCGCCCAUGUGGUAGCACAAGGUAAUCAAAGAUUCCUCUAUGGCCAACAACAGCAACAGCCUACAGCCGUUACAGCUGCAGCCACACAAGACGAUGAAGACAGCUUGGGUCCCCUGCCAGAUGGCUGGGAGAAAAAAGUACAAUCGGACAAUCGUGUUUACUUUGUAAAUCACAAAAAUCGUACAACACAAUGGGAAGAUCCACGUACUCAGGGACAAGAAGUUAGUUUGAUCAAUGAAGGACCUCUGCCACCAGGUUGGGAGAUACGCUACACCGCGACGGGCGAAAGAUUCUUUGUGGAUCACAAUGCUCGACGUACAACCUUUGAAGAUCCUCGUCCGGGUGCACCCAAGGGUGCUAAAGGGGUAUACGGUGUACCACGGGCUUAUGAGCGCAGUUUCCGCUGGAAACUUUCACAGUUUCGUUACCUCUGCCAGAGCAAUGCUCUGCCCUCACACAUCAAAAUCACUGUUACUCGCCAGACCCUUUUCGAAGAUUCCUAUCAUCAGAUAAUGCGUUUGCCAGCCUACGAGUUGCGUCGUCGUCUCUACAUCAUAUUCCGCGGUGAGGAAGGUCUCGAUUAUGGCGGUGUAUCGCGUGAAUGGUUUUUCCUACUCUCACACGAGGUACUCAAUCCCAUGUAUUGCCUUUUCGAGUAUGCCAACAAAAAUAACUAUAGUCUACAAAUCAAUCCCGCCUCUUACGUUAAUCCCGAUCAUUUGCAAUAUUUUAAAUUUAUCGGACGCUUUAUAGCCAUGGCUCUAUAUCAUGGACGUUUCAUCUACUCCGGCUUCACGAUGCCAUUCUACAAGCGCAUGUUAAAUAAAAAACUAACCAUUAAAGACAUUGAAACGAUCGAUCCAGAAUUUUAUAAUUCCUUAAUAUGGGUGCGUGACAAUAAUAUCGACGAGUGCGGUUUGGAACUGUGGUUUAGUGUGGACUUUGAGGUGUUGGGACAAAUCAUCCACCAUGAAUUGAAGGAAAAUGGUGAAAAGGAGAAAGUGACAGAAGAAAAUAAAGAAGAGUAUAUAACGUUAAUGACCGAAUGGAGAAUGACACGUGGUAUUGAACAACAAACAAAAACCUUUUUAGAAGGUUUCAAUGAAGUAGUACCACUCGAAUGGUUAAAAUAUUUUGAUGAACGUGAAUUGGAGUUAAUACUAUGCGGCAUGCAAGAUGUGGAUGUUGACGAUUGGCAACGUAACACCAUCUAUCGACACUACAAUCGUAAUUCUAAACAAGUGGUUUGGUUUUGGCAGUUUGUACGUGAUACGGAUAAUGAAAAACGGGCUCGACUUUUGCAAUUUGUCACUGGUACUUGUCGUGUGCCCGUGGGCGGCUUUGCCGAACUAAUGGGCUCGAAUGGGCCACAACGUUUCUGCAUUGAAAAGGUGGGCAAGGAAACCUGGUUGCCACGCUCACACACCUGCUUCAAUCGUUUGGAUUUGCCACCUUAUAAGAGUUAUGAUCAGCUAGUGGAGAAAUUAACAUUUGCCAUCGAAGAGACUGAAGGCUUUUGCCAGGAAUAGUUUGAAAACAUUGUGGUAUAUUAAAGUUAUAGUAAAUUAAUUUUUGCACUUGAAGUGAUUAAUAACAUUGUAGUGGGAAACCAACAAGAAGAAGUUGCGGUAAGGAAAGUAAUAAAAAAACUUAAAAACUUAAUAAACAUUUUAAACUUCUUAAUUUUGUUCAAAACAAAUUCAAUUACAUUUAGUUUAAUUCGUUUUAAUGACAUUUUUGUGCAAAUAUUUAAAUAAACAUGUUGUAACUGUUAUAAUUCUUAAAUUUAUGUUUACAAGGGUGGUCCCAAAAAUAGAAAUUGCUAAUUGUUUCCGACGAAAAUCCAGCUAAACAAAUAUUGACCUCAGUUCAAAAAUUUUGAGGAAUGUUAUUUUAAAAAAGAAACAAGCUUUCAUUUCACUCGGAACAUUUCCAUAAAAACGGGUCCACCCUAAAGUUUAUAAAUUCUUAUUAAUAUGUAAAUGAUUAUGUAUUUAAAACCCCAUAAAUUUAAUUAGAAAAUAAAAUAUUGCAAAAUAUUUUAUUUUCUAAACGUUUAAGAAAAACAAAAAUUAUUGCAAUUUAUAAAAAAAAUGGAAACGUAUCAUUAUUUAAACACACACUUAUACUUAAUCUAAAAUUUACUAUUUAAAGACAUUUUUGUUACACACAUUUCUAUUGCUAUAGCUUUAAACAAAAAAAAAAAAAA